AUGUCACUUGGGGGCCUGUGGGCCCAGUCCUUACUGGGCUACCGUGGUUUUCCACCCCCACUCAACACCAUCACCCCGUCACCAGUACCAUCGUGUAGUUCGGAAGAUAGUGCUCAUGAGAAUAUAAACGACUGGUUGAAGUUCCAAGCUUUCCAACCGGUAUGGCCGAGCCCAGAUGUAUUGGCGGCUAUUCAAUGCCUCCUCGCUCUUCAAUCCGCCGGCCAACCCAACUACAGCCCGAUUCUCACCGACUCUGAGCCGGAUGAGCUCGAGAUUAAACCCGAUCCCAGUUUGCCAAAGCCAAUACCGCUCCGAGCGAUCAACUUGGCGCUGUUCGAGGAAACAGCAAUUUGCCCGGAUGUGACGAUAAGCCGGAAGCGGGCCGGCGAGAAGUUGGAGAAACUGGAGAAGAAGGAGAAACGGAAGAAGGAGGACAAGGCUGGUGAUGAGAUUUCGCCGGAAGCAUCUACCGUACCUCCACCUGAGGAGCUGCAAAAAGAGGCUGAUCAGCUGGAUGAGACGGCAGCAUUUGUGAAUGUUACUGAGGAAUCCCGUAAAGCGGUUGCAGCUAUUCCAAAUGUGAUCGGAGAAUGCGUAUGCUCACUGUGCCGUGUAAAAUAUGAUGACGUCUUCCGGUUGGCCCAACACAAAUGCCCACGCAUCGCCCACCAGGAAUACAAAUGCCCCGAGUAUUCUCUUGCCCUGCCAAUCUGGCAUCACAUCGCCGCUGGCACCGACCUAGAGAUUCACCUGAAGUAUUGUCAUGCAAUGGAUGCCAACAAG